UACUCACCCCCUCCGAGAAAAGAGAAAGCAAAUCAAUCUGCGUGCGCCUGUAUCCGAUCCACCCUUGCGAAGUUACUUGUUCUGUUGCUGAGCAAUCUCUCGCCAUGGCCGGCAAGGGAAGCUGCAGGCUGCUCCUGUGCGUGGCGCUCGUCGCCGUCUUGCUCCUCGUUGAGACCACCGCUCCCGCCGGACAAGCUCACGCUAUCAAUUGCGGUGCUGAUUGCUCGUACCGGUGCAGCAAGUCGAGCAGGCCGAACCUGUGCAACAGGGCGUGCAACACGUGCUGCCAGCGCUGCGGCUGCGUGCCGCCGGGAACCGCCGGCAACGAGGACGUCUGCCCCUGCUACGCCCACAUGACCACCCACAACGGCCGCCACAAGUGCCCCUGAAGAAGCUCGAUCCACAGUGCAUCCGCAUGAAUAACAGUAGGAGUACAACCAUAUCUAUGAUAGAUCGAUGUGUGAUUUAAUACGUAUUCUACGUCGAUCCUCACCGAAAAUUAUUAUCAAUAUAUUAAUUAGUGUGAUAUAUGCAUGUGUGUAUGCGCCGUGGUACGUGAUGAUCUCAGAGUCGUAUACGUAUAUGCAUAAA